AUGGCAAAAUCAGAGAUUCCUACGAAUUUCUCAAAGGCAGAUCUCUCCAAUCCCUAUUUCACUCACCAUUCAGAUCACCCAGGUUUGGUUUUGAUUUCCAAAUCUUUGAAUGGAGACAAUUAUUCGGCUUGGAAAAGGGCUAUGAUUCUAGCUUUAAACUCCAAGAACAAAUUGGGUUUUGUUAAUGGCUCGAUCAAGGCUCCUUCAGAAGAAAUUGAUCCUGAAGGUUAUGCGACUUGGUCACGGUGUAACGACAUGGUUCACUCUUGGAUCGUCAACACUCUCAAUCCAGAAAUUGCGGACAGUGUAAUUUAUUAUUCUACUUCUCAUGAAGUUUGGGAAGAUCUCUGUGAGCGAUUCUCUCAGAGCAAUGCGCCUCGCAUCUUUGAAAUUCAGCGAGAUAUUGCUUGUCUUCGACAAGAGCAACUCUCUGUCUCUGCCUAUUACACAAAAUUGAAAGGCCUGUGGGAUGAACUGGCUUCCUACAACGCUGCAGCACAUGGGGCACAACAAGAUCAACAAAAAUUGAUGCAAUUUCUGAUGGGUUUGAAUGAAUCUUACAGUGCUAUUCGCGGGCAAAUCCUCCUGAUGAAUCCUCUUCCUUCUGUCUGCCAAGCAUACUCCUCUAUCUCUCAAGAAGAAAAGCAACGCCUCCUCACUUCGACGAACGCAGCAGCGGAAUCUGCCGCAAGUGCUGCUAUGGCCGUGCGCAGCAACGGAAAGUCUUCGACAACUUGGAAGGACGGAAUAGAUCGAUCGAACACAAGAAGGAUGGAACCGACUAAUCGCCCCUCUGGUUCUCAAAAUUUCCGGGAGAAUCGGUCUUCUCAAGGACAAGAUGGCAGACCAUUUUUUGAUCAAGAUCGGCGCCGCAUGGGUUCUGGUAGAGGACGUCCCCAGUGCUCGUAUUGUGGAGAUAUGGGUCAUUGGGUCCAAAAGUGUUUUCAACUACAUGGAUACCCACCAGACCAUCCUAAAGCAAGAAUGAACUUAGGCUCAAACUCAAAUCGGAAUAAAAGUUUUUCUGCGGCUAACCAAGUUUCUGAGGCAGAUGAAGGGAAACCUGCAGUUGCAUUGUCAGAAGCCCAACUCAAGCAACUUUUGUCACUUCUUAAUAACCAAGAUGAAAACUCUAGUUCCAAAGUGAAUGCGGUAACAAAGCCAGGUUUGUCCAAAGUCGCUUCCCGCAAUUGGAUUAUUGAUAGUGGGGCGACAGAUCAUAUUACUUCAUCCUCUAAGUUAUUGCAUAAAGAUAAAAAUUGCUCGUUACCGCCCGUAUUAUUGCCUAGUGGAGAAAAAGCGAAUAUCGUUACGAAAGGGACUUUGCCUCUGAAUUCCGUCUAUUAUCUGCAUGAUGUCUUAUCUGUGCCUACAUUCAAAGUUGAUUUAAUAUCAGUUAGUCGUUUGACAAGAGGUCUAAAUUGUUCAGUGACAUUUUUCCCUUAUUGGUGUAUUUUGCAGGAUCUGGCUACGAGGAGGACGAUUGGUUUGGGUAAACAACGUGACGGACUAUACUAUUUGGUGGCACUAGCGACGGAGAAAUCUUUAACCAACCAUUCCUCAUCCACAAACCAACCAGCCUGCAAUCUCGCCAUCUCUUCCACUAAUCUCUGGCACAGUCGCUUAGGCCAUGUAUCACCUUCUCGUUUGAGUUUCAUUGCCAAGAAUUUCUUGAAUUUUUCUGUUCAGUCCAAUAAUGCUUGCCCUAUAUGUCCUUUGGCUAAGCAAAGUCGUUUACCUUUUGGUACUAGUGCUAUUUCUUCUACAAAACCUUUUGAGAUUAUUCAUUGUGACAUUUGGGGACGUUAUCGACACCCUUCUCUGUUUGGUGCCCAUUACUUUCUCACUAUUGUCGAUGAUUAUACACGUUUCACUUGGAUAUUUUUAAUGCGACAUAAAGAUGAAGCACAAUCACUUUUAAAACGUUUCUUCAGCUAUGUGUUCACACAAUUUGAAUUUCGCAUUAAAACUUUUCGAAGUGACAAUGGUAGAGAAUUUACCUCACUUCGUUCCUUUUUCCAAGAUAAUGGUGUCAUCUUUCAACAUUCUUGUGUUUACACGCCUCAACAAAAUGGGGUUGUGGAACGCAAACAUCGUCAUAUUUUACAAGUAGCCCGAGCUUUGAAAUUCCAUGCUCAAGUUCCCACUCAAUUUUGGGGGGAGUGUGCUCUCACUGCCGUACAUAUCAUCAAUCGGUUACCUUCACCAAUAUUGUCUUUCAAAACUCCUUUUGAAUUGCUUUACUCAAAACCACCUUCUUACUCCCAUCUCCGUGUUUUCGGAUGUUUAGCCUAUGCCACCAAUGUUCACACCUCUCACAAAUUUGAUUACCGUGCCAUGCCAUCCAUCUUCAUCGGUUAUCCUGUUGGUCAAAAAGCAUACAAAUUAUUUGAUUUAUCAACCAAAAAGGUCUUUACUAGCCGAGAUGUCAAAUUUCAUGAAGAUAUUUUUCCUUAUGUCUCUCUCAAGCCCAACUCUACUCUCCCUUCGUUGACCCAUAAUUCUGGUCCAAUCCCCUUAGUGGCCCACGACAUCUCUUCCUCCUUUGACUCUACUUCUCACGCACUUUCCCCUCUUCUUUCCAACCACACAAGCACACCGUCUCCCACCACAGAAAAUGAUGACUUUUCCUCUCCUUCUCGACCUUCCGAACUCAUUAUCGAACCUUCUUCUCAGAUUGAUCCAAACCCUUCACCAUCGCCUUCUACAACUCUAGUAUCGCCUUCUCCGGGGCCACCGUUUGCAUCCAUCCCGUCCGCUCCUCCAGCUGAGACACCCAUCUUUUCACCAGAAACACACUCACCCAAACCAGCCACUCCGCUCCGUCGCUCUAGCCGCCAUAUCGCCCCGCCAAUCAAGCUCCACGAUUAUGUUUGCUCCCACGUUUCCUCCAAUCAAUCGUCUUCCUUGAUUCCAGGUCCAACUAAAGGUACACGAUAUCUACUGGCCAAUUAUGUUUCUUAUCACAGAUAUAAGCCUGCAUAUAGAUCUUUUGUUGCUCAACAUAGUGCUGUCACAGAACCCAGGUCUUAUUCGGAAGCAGCCGCUCAUCCUGAGUGGCAGAAGGCAAUGCGUUCUGAAUUGCAAGCUCUCCAAGCUAAUGGCACUUGGUCUCUCACUCCACUUCCGGCCGGCAAGACACCGAUUGGCUGUCGAUGGGUGUAUAAAAUUAAACACCGUUCAGAUGGGUCUAUUGAGCGUUACAAAGCACGAUUGGUAGCGAAAGGCUUUACUCAAUUAGAAGGUGUCGAUUAUCAGGAUACCUUUUCCCCCACCGCCAAGAUCAUAUCUGUCCGCUGCUUGCUUGCAUUGGCCGCAGCCCGUGGCUGGUCUAUUCAUCAAAUGGAUGUUAACAACGCUUUUUUUCAUGGCGACUUACAUGAGGAAAUAUAUAUGUCUCCGCCGCUAGGGCUUCGGCGACAGGGGGAGGAAAACUUGGUAUGUCGCCUUCAUAAAUCACUCUACGGUCUGAAACAAGCUUCUCGCCAGUGGUUCGCCAAGUUCUCAGAAGCUAUUCAAUCCGCCGGUUAUGCACAAUCUCGAGCCGAUUAUUCUUUGUUCACCAAAAAACAAGGCAAGUCCUUUACUGCCCUCUUGAUAUAUGUUGAUGAUAUUCUGAUUACUGGAAAUGAUCCUGUGAGCAUUGCUACAACAAAAAAAUUUCUGCAUAGUCAUUUUCAUCUCAAAGAUCUGGGUGAUUUAAAAUACUUUCUUGGCAUUGAGGUUUCUGCUUCUAAAAAUGGGAUUUUUAUUUCCCAACGUAAGUAUGCAUUAGAGAUUAUUGAGGAUGCAAGAUUGUUGGGCGCUGCCCCUAUUGAUACACCUAUGGAACGAGGAUUGAAAUUGUCUGAUAAGAGCGAUUUGCUCAAGGAUCAAGGUCGUUAUAGGAGAUUGGUUGGAAGGUUAAUAUAUCUAACUGUGUCGAGGCCAGAUAUCACUUAUGCAGUUCAUGUGUUAAGCCGGUUUAUGCAUCAACCGAGAAAGGCUCAUAUGGAAGCAGCGUUCAGAGUUGUACGUUAUCUUAAGAAUGCACCUGGUCAAGGUCUGUUCUUCUCUUCGAAUAAUGAUUUCAGAUUGAGAGCCUAUUGUGAUUCUGAUUGGGCAGGUUGUCCACUUACUAGAAGGUCCACUACAGGCUACUGUGUAUUCCUUGGACCUUCACUGAUUUCUUGGAGAUCAAAGCGACAGAAAACAGUGUCACUCUCUUCAGCCGAAGCAGAGUAUCGUGCAAUGACAGGAGCUUGUUGUGAGUUGACAUGGCUUCGGUACCUUUUGAAAGAUUUGGGUGUUUUACAUAAGGAACCUGCCUUGUUGUAUUGUGACAACAAGGCAGCAUUGCACAUUGCAGCCAACCCUGUUUUCCAUGAGCGUACUAGACACAUUGAGAUGGAUUGUCACUAUAUUAGGGACAAGAUCCAAGAUGGUUCCAUUAUUACAAGACAUGUGAGCUCAGCGCACCAACUUGCAGACAUUUUGACUAAACCAUUGGGAAAGGAGUUUUUUGCUCCUAUGAUUCGCAAGUUGGGAGUGCAGGAUAUCCACUCUCCAACUUGA